UUGCUAUCUCAAAAAUGUGAUAAUUUUCAAAUUUCAAGAAAAUAAGAAACCGCCUGUAUAUUUUUUUCUUAAAUCGUUUUAUGAAAGCCUACAUUUAAUAGUUGCGCAAAAAGUUAUCGCAAAAUUUUAUGAACCAUUUUAUUGACACAUUGUUCCUAAAAUUGAGUAACCUCAAACAAGUCUUCUUAACAUUGUGAUUGUGCUCGAAAAUGAGGGUUGGCAUAAUUUUUCUUAUACACUUUGCUAAUAUCCUUACAGCUUUUGAUAUUACUGAACAUCCAAACUGGCAUUUACUUGACCACGAGCAGUGCGGUGAAAGUGUAUCAGACAGAAUAAUUGGUGGUGUAUCUGCUACUAUAGGGCAAUUUCCGUGGAUAGCUCGUCUUGCCUAUCUAGCGCAUUUCCCACUUAUUAACAUCCCUAUUUUCAAGUGUGGGGGCUCGCUUAUAAACCAUUUAUAUGUGGUUACAGCAGCUCAUUGUGUCGCAAAUUUGCAAGAAGAUUUAGUUUUGAUACGACUAGGGGAAUUAAAUGCAAAAACUGAGGUCGAUUGUGAAAAUAAUGUGUGUGCACCACCGGUUCAAGAUUUUAAACCAGCAAAAAUAUUUUAUCAUGAAAACUAUGGGAAACCAAAAAUGAGACAUGAUAUCGCCUUAAUUAGACUAGACCAUCCCGCUGAAAUUCACAGUUAUGUGCUUCCCAUUUGCUUGCCUCAAGGCCCACUUUUGCAAAAAAAUUACGAGGGGACCACCAUGGAAGUGGCUGGAUGGGGUGUGAACGAUGUGAAAAGAGGUACAUCCAGCACUGUUUUGCUGCAUGUUCGUGUUCCUAUUAUUAAGCCUGAAAUGUGUGACAAAACAAUUGGUCACUUUGCAAGGGUUAGCGAACACCAGUUCUGUGCCGGGGGUCAGAUCGGCUACGAUUCCUGUGGAGGAGAUUCUGGUGGUCCCUUAAUGAAACCAGAAGCUUUGGACGGACCGCCGCGAUAUUUCCUAAUUGGAGUGGUUUCUUUUGGGAGUACGAAUUGUGGGAGUAACGUGCCAGCCAUCUACACAAAUGUGGCACAUUAUGUAAAAUGGAUUUUAGAUAAUAUUGAACCUUGAUUAGAAUCGAUUUAUACCCAUUGUAUGCUUUAAUACGUGAA